UUAUCCAAUCAAAACGUUUCAUUUUAUGAUGUCAUUUCCGACGCGAGAUCUUGCACGACGCGACGUCUGUUUGCUAGACUUUUGGUUACGUUGUGGCAUUCACCAAAGUACGAAAUUUCCCAAUCUCACGAUGUCUCAGCGGUACACGGAUAAUGAAGCGUCAUUUAUUUGCGACAACUGUGAUACAGUCAUAGAAGGCAGUGCAGCUGCCCAACAGCAUUAUAGUGUACGUACACUAAACGCGGGAGACAGUGAAGGAGAAAAUUUACAUUACUCAAGCCAAGCUGCAGAUAGUCGAGAACUUCUCAUUGGAGAAGUUUUUUGCCGAGAGCCGUUAUGGAACACAUCACUUCCGUAUGCCAGAAGGGGUUUUAAAGUAACUUCAGAAUUGUGGCAAGAAGUCGAUAUAGCUUUAGGUGUGCAGACUGGGUGGAGUCAGAAAACAUUCAAAUCCUUAAGAGAUUGUUUCGUAAAAUUACUCACAAAGGAAACAAAUUCAAAACGCAGUGGCAGUGCCACAAUGAACAAAACCAAUUGGAAAUAUUUUACGCAGUUGGAAUUCCUCCGUCCCAGUGUAGAAUAUAGAUCGACCAUAAGCAGCCUCUCGAAAAAUAAACGUCCCAAUGCUGAAGUAGAAGCAUCGGAGGCAAGCUGUUCUUCCAAAGAAAAAAGACUUAAGAGUCCCCAACAUACCAAACCUUUAAAAUGAAAUGAGAGCACUCCCAAAACAAGCUGCGACAAAGUUGAUACGAAGAAUAACG